CUGACGCUGAUGUUUACACGGGUACGGUGGGGGCUGCCACUGCUGGGUGGAAUCCUAUGUACUGCUCGGCCACAUACACGCGUGCAACAUAACUCCCAAAAAAAAACACACAUCUCUCACCAUCCUCCCCCUCAGCCUUCUUCGACGGUGGGAAAAAGUUCGGCUGGAAAAGCCCCUGCCUGCGCGUGUGUGUGUCUGUGAGUGUUUUUUGUUGCUCUCCUCACUGCUGUGGAAAUCUCGUGGCUUAUGGGGCCCCGUGCGGUGCGGUGAGGUGCGGCCGCCGCCUAUAACUCGAAACGCAAGCGAGCGCGCGGCGAGAGCGACGGGAACAGAAAGCUAGUGGAAAUUUUUCGUACGAAUCGAUUUUUCCAUUCCGACGGCGACGCGCGACCUAAUUGUACUUUCCGAAUCUGCCGACGUAAUGUUACAGUAGCGGAGAUUUGUUUUUUUUUUUUUGCUGUGUGUGUGUUAUAUUUCCUCUGUCUGUGGUGCUGCUGAUAGUCUUCAAAAAAAGGGAAAGGGAAAGAAAGCAUCCAGUCCCGCGCGUUCGUGUCCCCGUCCCGUUCUGGUGCCCGGGAGAGUAUGGAACCGGAUGCGAAGCGUUGUGCGAACGGUUGUGCUUGGUCGUGCUGUUCACUCCAGGCCGUUAGUGUGGUGCAAUAGGGUUGUCGGCCCGGGGAAGCGAGCGGAAAGGUGAAAGGAAAAAGAAAACGCCACUGCAGCCGAAAUGCAGUAGUGUGCAUGGUGGUGCAAUAGACAGGAAACCUCCAAAGGGGAACCGCCGCACGAAACCUAUCAACCCCGGACCCGGACUGCUUCCGUCUGCCCAGCACCGCUCAACCAAACGACCGCGUCUAUCAAACAGCCCCGUGCGGCGGAACGAUGUACUGCACCAGCAACGAUGGCAGCAAGCAGCCGGUCGGCGAGGUGAAAGCGCCGUCGGCCGCCCACCCCACCAUCAACCAGUACCACCCGCACGACCCGUACGGCGAGCGGGAGUCGGCGGCGGAGCUACACUUCUGGGACGAGCCGGACGGCCGGGGGGCGCACCAGAACACGACUCCGGCCAGCACGGUGCUGCAUUCGCCCGAGCCGGCCCCGACCGAGCACGAGCCAAAGAUGCGGUUCCAGCAGCGGCACCAGAUCCAGGUCGGCCGCAGUCCGGUCGGCAGCGGAGGGCACAAUGGUAGCAGCGACUCGACCACCGCUUCCAGCCCGGUGCUGAUGCCGCACUGCCAUCACGGUCCAUCGGCCGGUGGCGCCCAGCACCAUCAGCUGCAGCAGCAGCAGCAGCAGCACGUGUACGGCACGCAAUCGAUCCUGUCGGACGGCGAGAUAGUGGUGUUUGACGACAUCGAGCCGAACUGGCCGACGGGGACAGGCGGCACCGUGAACGGGUCGGACCUGUCAAUGCUGAUGGGUGGUGGUGGUGGUGGUGGCACUACACCCAGCAAAGAAACGCACACGGACAGCUGUACGAAAAUACAGACCAUUAUCGGCGGGCUAACGAUUGCCGAGUACGAGGGAUCGCCGCGACGCUUCGGCACGAUCUACUCCAGCAGCUAUGCGGACGGCGGCACGAUCCGGCCGGGCGGGGCCAGCUUUCCCCGGCCCGGGUUUCCCAAGCGCGUCGAGCCGAGCGCCGCGCCGUACGAUCAGCUCGACGACGGUCGGCCACGGCAGAUCGAGCUCGGCAAGGGUCCGAGCGAGACGAGCUUCUACAACAUCAAGGGCAACAUGGUGGCCGGCAGCGAGAUGAGCGCAUUUCAAAGCGAUACCAAAUAUUACGACCGCCCACAGGCGGGCUCGCUGGAGGAAGACUUUACCAUUCCGGCGGGCGGCACGGGUCGCAAACCGCACAGCUUUGCCCUGUCGCCCGAGAUGGACUACCGGUCCGGGUGUGGCACGGCCGAAUUCGGCACCACCUUCCGACCCGUGAGCUACGGAAGGGUGCAAAAGCCGGGCGGCGGAAACGGCACGGGCGAGGCGAAAGAAAUUCUAAACGAACCGUGCGUCGAGUACGACGACAUGUGCAAUAGUAUGCCGAUCCUGGAGGAUGGGCUGUCGAGCGGGCACGCAUCCGACUCGGAGGGCAACACCGUCGCCAACAGUUGCGAUCAAGGCGGCGAUCUGCUGGCGAACGGCUCGCUAGGGAUGCAGAGUAUGCGCCAUCAGCAGGACCAACAGCAGCAGCAGCAGCAGCAGCAGCACUACCAUCAUCAUGCGGCGCUGGACGGACCGAACGGUGCCGGCAUUAGCGACUGUCUGGCGAACGAUAUACGGGACGCGCUGAACGACAUCAAGUCGACGCUGCAGAACACGAAAGCACUGCCGACGGGGGACGAACGACGGGACAGUGUGGACCAAGGCUGCCGGGGGGAACCGUUCGCCCACUCGUACGGAGACGUUUCGCCCGUGUGGGUGCUCAGGACGCGGGAUGGAUCGCCCGAGCAGGAACACCCGUCCGCCGCGCACCUGACGGACCAGCGGCACGGCAACCCGCCGCCGCCACCCGAUCUGGAGGAGGAAACGGACACGGAUCUGGAGACGGAUCGUUUGCUGGGCCACCAGCAGCAGCAGCAGUCCGGCGGCGGCGAGCCGAGCUACUACGAGCAUAAUAACGCCGCGGACGUUGGCGGCGUGGGGAAACCGAAAUCGCCCAAUUCGGCCAUGUUAGCGAAGCUGAAACGGUACCAGACCGCCAUCCGGGCCGACAGUGAAAUCUACGUUCCUAGCGAUAUUACCCUAGAAAAUUUACCGGAAAUUGAAAGCAAAGGAAGGCAUAAAACUCGAGAAGGUCUGCUCGAUCCGGCAGUGCUCAUCGAGGGCGUCCUGUUCCGGGCGCGGUACCUCGGCUCAACCCAGCUGGUGUGCGAAGGCCAACCGACGAAAUCGACCCGCAUGAUGCAGGCGGAGGAAGCCGUCUCCCGGAUCAAAGCACCGGCGGGAGAGUCGCAACCGAGCACGGAGGUGGAUUUGUUUAUUUCGACAGAGAAAAUCAUGGUGCUGAACACGGAUCUGAAGGAGAUCAUGAUGGACCACGCGCUCCGGACGAUCUCCUACAUUGCCGACAUCGGCCAGCUGGUGGUGCUGAUGGCCCGGCGCCGCUUCGUCGCGAGCAGCACGGGCCCGACGGACCCGGCGGCGGACGAUGGCGGUGCGGUACCGGGCGGCCCGGAAGCGGCGGUGCCCGCCGACAGCCCGAAGAAGCGGCCGGCCAACCGGACGCCGAAGAUGAUCUGCCACGUGUUCGAGAGCGAGGAGGCCCAGUUCAUUGCGCAGAGCAUCGGGCAGGCGUUCCAGGUCGCGUACAUGGAGUUCCUGAAGGCGAACGGGAUCGAGGACCACAGCUUCAUGAAGGAGCUCGACUACCAGGAGGUGCUGAACAGCCAGGAGAUCUUCGGCGACGAGCUGGAGAUAUUCGCCAAGAAGGAGCUGCAGAAGGAGGUGGUGGUGCCGAAGGCGAAGGGCGAAAUACUCGGCGUGGUCAUCGUCGAGUCCGGCUGGGGCUCGAUGCUGCCGACGGUCGUGAUCGCGAACCUGGCGUCGGCGGGGGCGGCCGCCCGCUGCGGCCAGCUGAACAUCGGCGACCAGAUCAUCGCGAUCAACGGGCUGAGCCUGGUCGGGCUGCCGCUCUCCACCUGCCAGGGGUACAUCAAGAACACCAAGAACCAGACGGUGGUGAAGUUCACGGUCGUGCCGUGCGCGCCGGUCGUGGAGGUGAAGAUCAAGCGCCCGAACACCAAGUACCAGCUCGGCUUCAGCGUACAGAACGGUGUGAUUUGCAGCCUGCUGCGCGGAGGAAUUGCGGAGCGGGGCGGUGUUCGCGUGGGCCACCGCAUCAUCGAGAUCAACAACCAAAGCGUCGUCGCGGUACCGCACGAAAAGAUUGUGAACCUGCUCGCCACAUCGAUCGGAGAGAUACUGAUGAAAACCAUGCCGACGUCCAUGUUUCGGCUGCUGACGGGGCAGGAGAAUCCGAUCUACAUUUAGGCCCACACACACACACAAACCCUGGGCACAGGCCUGCGGGGGGGGGGGGUCAAGACGCGACACGCCACCGCACCCCCGUGCACGCCGUUAGGAUCAAUUUCGCUGUUACCCUCUCUCCCUUCACUAUUGCUGAUGAUGGCACCUAUUAUCUUACUUAAUGGGAGCAACAACAUUGUUAAAACCUUCUUGUUCAUUACAAUAAAGUGACAAAAAGCAACAAACAAAUGAAACCGCGUACGGUUUCUUCUUUUUUUUUUUUGGGUGCUGGGUGAGGCUGACUGCAAAGUAGGAAACAAAAUGCGAUACCGAUGCGGGAAGUUCCGAACGCAAGCAGCAGCUAAGAAAGGAAUAAUCCUUCACAUAGACGACUGGAGACUCAGGCCAUCUGGGAAGCAGUGUAUCUCAAGGUAACAAAGAAGUUCUGCUAUCACGGGAUGGUCGUUACAUUGUACAGUAACCUCAACAUCGAAAUCCGGAGACGCAUUGUGCAGGGGCGUCGUACAUACCAUGGACUGCACCGACUGCUGAGCUCCAGGAAGUCUUCGAAACUGCACGAAAUGUUGAGAUAUAUCGCACAUCGAUUCAAGCGGAGGAUCCAAACGCGCUGGGCGUGUUUGAGCGACGCAUCCUCCGGUGUGUUCAAGCACGGAGAUUGGAGGAGCAGGAUGAACCACGAGCUUGCUGAGCUGUACGGCGAACCGAGCACAGCGACAUCAAUGACUAGAUCUGAUGAAGCGAGACCUGUCAGAGAUCGGGUAUCUACAUGCAUGGGAGGUUGUAGAUAGGGACCUGGAGCAUCCAGGAGAGUGUUGGUUGACCGGACCAUGUCACGACUACUUGCUCUACUAUAAGCAAACCAACUAUAGAUAGAGUGAGAGAGAGAGAGAGAGAAAGAGAGAGAGAGUGUAUGUGUGUUCGCUUAAUUACAAGUUUAUUUUGACGGAUCGUAGUAUAUGAUUGUGUGCGUUUGUACGUAUAUUCUGUAAGUUGCGUUUGGUUUGUGUUUGCCGUGUGCGGGGAGAGAUGCUGUCCGCGUGUAAGGAUUUCUCAGGGUUUUUGUAUUGUUUCUUUUUUUCUGUUGCUCAAUCGCAAUCACAAAUACUCACACAUUUGCUUAAUAAGUACCGGUUUUACAAUGAUUUAUUAAUGUUCUUGUUUUUUUUUUUGUUUUGUUUGCUUACUUUUCCUUGUGAGUAACAAUCAUACCUUUGUGUGUGGGUUUGUGUAUUUCUUAUAAUAAUUAUAUUUCAGUGUUUUUUUUUCGUUUUCGAACAUGCCGACUUAAGCCUAGAGAGACGUUUUCUGUAUGUGUGUGUGUAAUCGAUUCUCUGCGCCAAAUUUGGGAGCAUUCGUUUAUCGUCCCCUGUAUGUUCUUCUGUAAAUAUGUGUGUGUGUGUUUUUUUUUGUUUUCAUCAGCCGCGUGUCCUAAUUAACGUGUGUAUGUGUCUGGU